AUGUACUUGCCUGCUAACCCGGUCUUGUUGGCUUCGGACGGCGAAGACGGAGUCCGCGCCAGUCCGGACGCUAGGAGCGCCUCAAACCACGGGUGGUGGGGCGUGAAGACGGAGAGCGACGACGCCGACUCGAGGUGUUCAUACUCCAGUGCUAGCACGCCACCUCCUGAAACGGAAGAAUCCCGCCCUCAAGUCGUGGCGGCGCGAGGCGACAGCAUAAUUGCGGUAGCGAACCCGGCCUUGCAGCCGCUGCCGCCACCCCACCCGGCCAGAAACCACUCCAACUGA